UCUGUUGUAGAUCAUCAUGUCAAGGUAUGGGAGAGAUCCGCGCGACCAGUGUCCCCUGGACUGCAAGGUCUACGUGGGGGACCUGGGCACCCGCGGGAACGAACGGGAGCUUCGAGACAUCUUCAGCUACUACGGCCCCUUGAGAAACGUCUGGGUGGCUCGCAAUCCGCCGGGCUUUGCGUUUGUGGAGUUCGAGGACCCCCGUGAUGCUAAGGAUGCCGUCAAGCACCUGGACAGAAGAGAGAUCUGUGGAGCACCAGCCCGUGUGGAGAUGUCCACGGCUCGCCAAGCAAGGGAAGCGAGAGAAGGAAUGGGAGGUGGUCGACGCUCGCGAUAUGGCCCGCCGCCUCCGUACUACCGUCGUCCCUUCGACCCACUAGAUCGUUGUUACGAGUGCGGCGAGCGCGGACACUAUGCCCGAGACUGCUACCGCUACCGCCGCCGGCGGUUUUCCUCCUUGAGUCAGUUCUCCACACGCACCACAUGAGUCGUUGAAAGUUCUCCAUGUACCUUCUGUGGGCGCCAGGCGUGUGGCACACUUCCCUGAUCGGCACUCGCCAAUCAGCGUAGUCUACAUCAUGUGAUCGGCGCUGAGCCAAUCAGCAUACAGUUGUCGCCACGCUCAUGAUCAGCUAGCCAAUCCCAGCAUGUGUUCCUCCCACACAUCCACCAAUCCGAUAAAGUCGACCAUCGGCCAUUCAGAAAACGGCUCUCAAGUCAGUUUCGGCUCAGCCGUCGACACAUUCGGCCCUUGUGUGAGCCCGAGUUGAUCGACCUACUCACCCAGCAUUCUACCAUACCGUUGAUUAUGUGUGAGAUUCGUCCGACAAUCUGCACUGUGCAGUGUUACGACAGUAGAUUCGACUCCAGUAAACCAGGUGCCAUAUACUGUCUGUAGUUAAGUUUGCUGCAGUUAGGGUAGGUAUGUACUGCACCACCUCACAUCUUAUACAGGUUAGCCACAUGGCUUAGAACUAUACAUAAAAGUAGUUUUUAAC